CGCGAGACUCGGGUUUUGCAAGACGAGCUGGAGAAGUCAGAAUCUCACGUCUGUCUGCUGCAUCUACCAAGAGGCCUUGCCCCAAUUCCAAAGAUAAUCUAUUUUGUUUGAAAAGGGUUUUACCUUUCAUGCUUUCACAUCUGCUGCCUUUUUUUCACUUACAGUGGCCCUGUGAUGGAGGCCACAUAACUGAGAGGUUCACUUUAAGGAUUUUCUGCUGGAAUGGGCAGAUCAUCCUUUCUGGUUACCCGUUGAUACUGUAAUAACCUCUGCACAGCACUCCUGAGUCCCAGGAUCUGUGAGGUAGACUCAUCUGUUAUGAAGUACAUCAACUUUUUCUUCCCUAGACCACAGCAAACAACAUGCAUAGAACGAUGUAUGCUUCCUCAUUCCUACUUUUACUUCUCAAGUUGCAUGCCUUGAUGAAGCAAGUUGCCAUGUUGGAAAGGUCCAACAUCACAGGAAACUGAGACCUGCCAAUAGCCAAUGAGUAGCUCAGGGCAACAGCCUAGGAGGAAUUGAGCCCUGCCAACAAUCACAUGAGUGAGCUUAGAAGUGGAUCCUUUCACUGUCAAGCUGGCACUUUGAAUGCAGUCUUUAAAAGAGCCAAAUUCCAGGGUUCACCAGAUAAAUUUAACACAUAUGUCACCCUGAAAGUGCAGAAUGUGAAGAGCACAACUGUAGCAGUUCGUGGGGAUCAACCUUCCUGGGAACAAGAUUUUAUGUUUGAGAUUAGUCGACUGGACUUGGGUCUAAGUGUGGAGGUAUGGAACAAAGGACUCAUCUGGGACACCAUGGUGGGGACCGUGUGGAUUGCACUGAAGACGAUUCGUCAGUCGGAUGAGGAAGGGCCCGGGGAGUGGUCCAUCUUGGAGGCAGAGACAUUAAUGAAAGAUGAUGAGAUCUAUGGAACUAAAAACCCAACUCCCCAUAAAAUUUUGCUUGAUACAAGAUUUGAGUUGCCUUUUGAUAUACCAGAGGAGGAAGCCAGAUAUUGGACCUACAAAUUGGAGCAAAUCAAUGCCUUGGAAACUGACAAUGAGUAUUCUAUUCAAGAAGAAAGCCAGAGGAAACCAUUGCCCACUGCUGCCGCCCAGUGUUCUUUUGAAGAUGCUGAUAGUGCCGUGGAUGACAGAGAUAGUGACUAUCGCAGUGAGACCAGCAAUAGCAUUCCACCUCCUUACCAUACCACUUCUCAACCUAAUGCUUCUGUGCACCAGUUCCCUGUGCCUGUGCGAUUGCCACAGCAGCUGCUACUCCAGGGCAGUUCCAGGGACUCUUGCAAUGACUCUAUGCAAAGUUAUGACCUUGAUUUUCCAGAGCGGAGGGCACUCAGCCCCACCAGCAGUAGUAGGUAUGGCUCCUCCUGCAAUGUGAGUCAAGGAAGCUCUCAACUCAGUGAACUAGACCAGUGCCAUGAACAAGACGAUGACCAUCAGGAGAGGGACUCAAUUCAUUCCUGCAACAGCUCAGGCAGCAUCUCCAGAGAUGGCCAUGCAGGUUUUGGAGAACAAGAGAAGGCCCUAGAACUAACAGGUGAAUCAGAGAAGGGGAGAGUAUGUGAACCCAAGGAGAUGAAAGAAGUUGCUACAACUCAUCAUCUCCCAGAUCUGGUGCUACACAAUGAUCACGUCUUGAGUCCCAAAGAGAGUUUUCCUGAGGAGAAUGCAUCUUCACCAUCUACCCAUGCCAGAGCACACUGGAUCCGAGCAGUUACCAAGGUUCGACUCCAGCUGCAGGAGCUUCCAGAUGAUGGUGACCCCACUCUGUCUCAGUGGCUCCCAGAAGGGCCAGCUGGAGGUCUCUAUGGCAUCGACAGCAUGCCAGAUCUACGCAGAAAGAAGCCACUGCCACUUGUCAGUGAUCUGUCACUGGUCCAGUCCCGGAAAGCAGGAAUUACUUCUGCAAUGGCUACACGUACCUCUCUCAAGGAUGAAGAGUUGAAAUCCCAUGUGUAUAAGAAAACCCUUCAGGCCUUAAUCUACCCCAUCUCGUGCACCACACCCCACAACUUUGAGGUUUGGACAGCCACCACCCCAACCUACUGCUAUGAGUGUGAAGGCCUUCUCUGGGGCAUUGCCCGGCAGGGCAUGCGCUGCAGCGAAUGUGGAGUCAAGUGUCAUGAGAAGUGCCAGGACCUGCUCAAUGCCGACUGCUUACAGCGGGCUGCAGAAAAGAGCUCUAAGCAUGGAGCUGAGGAUCGGACCCAGAACAUAAUCAUGGCCAUGAAGGACCGCAUGAAGAUCCGAGAGAGGAAUAAGCCAGAGAUCUUUGAAGUUAUCCGGGAUGUCUUCACUGUGAGCAAAGUUGCCCAUGUGCAGCAGAUGAAAACAGUGAAACAGAGUGUGCUGGAUGGUACCUCUAAAUGGUCUGCCAAGAUUACCAUCACUGUGAUGUGUGCUCAAGGCCUCCAAGCAAAGGACAAGACAGGAUCCAGUGAUCCUUAUGUGACUGUGCAAGUGGGUAAAACCAAGAAGCGUACCAAGACCAUCUUUGGGAACCUGAAUCCUAUCUGGGAGGAGAAAUUCCAUUUCGAAUGCCACAACUCUUCUGACCGCAUUAAGGUACGUGUAUGGGAUGAGGAUGAUGACAUCAAAUCGAGAGUAAAGCAGCGGCUAAAACGAGAGUCCGAUGAUUUCCUUGGUCAAACCAUCAUCGAGGUUCGGACACUAAGCGGCGAGAUGGACGUUUGGUACAAUUUGGAAAAGAGGACAGACAAAUCAGCUGUCUCAGGGGCGAUACGACUACAAAUCAGUGUGGAAAUCAAGGGGGAAGAGAAAGUAGCCCCAUAUCACGUGCAGUAUACGUGUCUCCAUGAGAACCUUUUCCAUUACCUCACAGACAUUCAGGGCAGUGGAGGAGUCCUGAUCCCUGAGGCUCGAGGAGAUGAUGCAUGGAAGGUGUACUUUGAUGAGACGGCCCAAGAAAUUGUGGAUGAAUUUGCUAUGCGCUAUGGCAUCGAAUCCAUAUAUCAGGCCAUGACGCACUUUGCAUGUUUGUCAUCCAAGUACAUGUGUCCUGGUGUACCAGCAGUUAUGAGCACCUUACUGGCCAACAUCAAUGCCUAUUAUGCCCACACAACAGCCUCCACGAAUGUCUCUGCAUCUGAUCGCUUUGCAGCCUCCAACUUUGGGAAAGAAAGGUUUGUAAAACUACUGGACCAGCUGCACAACUCACUGAGAAUCGACCUCUCUACAUACAGGAAUAAUUUUCCUGCGGGGAGCCCUGACAGGCUCCAGGACUUAAAGUCCACAGUGGAUUUGCUGACCAGCAUUACUUUCUUCAGAAUGAAGGUUCAAGAACUGCAGAGUCCUCCAAGAGCCAGCCAAGUUGUCAAGGAUUGUGUGAAAGCCUGUUUGAACUCUACAUACGAGUAUAUCUUCAACAACUGCCAUGACUUGUACAACCGCCAGUAUCAGCUGAAGCAGGAGCUACCUCCAGAGGAGCAAGGGCCUAGCAUACAGAAUCUAGAUUUCUGGCCCAAGCUUAUCACACUUAUUGUGUCAAUCAUAGAGGAAGAUAAAAAUUCCUACACACUCGUUCUGAACCAGUUUCCUCAGGAGUUGAAUGUGGGAAAAAUCAGCGCAGAAGUGAUGUGGCAGCUCUUUGCCCAAGACAUGAAAUAUGCACUGGAGGAGCACGAGAAAGACCGUCUGUGUAAGAGUGCUGACUACAUGAACCUGCACUUCAAGGUGAAGUGGCUGCACAAUGAAUAUGUGCGGGAUCUGCCUGCCCUCCAGGCCCAGGUGCCUGAGUACCCAGCGUGGUUUGAACAGUUUGUCCUACAAUGGUUGGAUGAAAAUGAGGAUGUGUCCCUGGAAUUCCUGCGUGGAGCCCUGGAACGAGAUAAGAAGGAUGGGUUCCAGCAGACAUCAGAGCAUGCGCUCUUCUCCUGUUCUGUGGUGGACGUCUUCACACAGCUCAACCAGAGUUUUGAGAUCAUCCGGAAGCUGGAAUGCCCAGACCCCAACAUCCUUGCCCACUACAUGAGGAGAUUUACUAAGACCAUCGGGAAAGUGCUGAUACAGUAUGCAGACAUCUUAUCAAAGGAGUUCCCGGCUUAUUGCACCAAGGAAAAAGUGCCCUGUAUCCUGAUGAACAACAUGCAGCAACUGAGGGUCCAGCUGGAGAAAAUGUUCGAGGCCAUGGGAGGCAAAGAGUUGGACCCUGAGGCUGCAGACAGCUUGAAGGAGCUGCAGGUGAAACUGAAUACGGUUCUGGAUGAGCUCAGCAUGGUGUUUGGAAACAGUUUCCAGGUGCGGAUUGAUGAGUGUGUUCAACAAAUGGCUAACAUCCUGGGCCAGGUGCGGGCCACAGGAAAUGCAUCCCCCAGUACCAGGGCCUCAGUGGCUCAGGAUGCAGAUAGUGUGCUCCGGCCUCUUAUGGACUUUCUGGAUGGCAACCUCACACUCUUUGCCACUGUAUGUGAGAAGACAGUCCUGAAGCGUGUUCUAAAGGAGCUCUGGCGGGUGGUAAUGAACACAAUGGAGAGGAUGAUUGUUCUGCCCCCACUCACUGACCAAACGGGCACUCAGCUGAUCUUCACUGCUGCCAAGGAGCUGAGCCAUCUUUCCAAACUCAAGGACCACAUGGUGCGAGAAGAAACACGGAGUCUCACUCCAAAGCAGUGUGCCGUCCUAGACCUCGCCCUGGACACCAUCAAGCAAUACUUUCAUGCAGGAGGCAAUGGGCUGAAGAAAACCUUUCUGGAGAAGAGCCCAGAUCUGCAAUCCCUACGCUAUGCUCUGUCUCUGUACACACAGACCACAGACACACUCAUCAAGACCUUUGUGCGCUCACAGACUGCCCAGGGGUCUGGUGUGGAUGAUCCUGUGGGAGAAGUCUCUAUUCAAGUGGACUUGUUUACACAUCCUGGUACUGGGGAGCACAAGGUCACAGUGAAAGUGGUGGCUGCCAAUGACCUCAAGUGGCAGACAGCGGGUAUGUUCAGGCCCUUUGUGGAAGUGACCAUGGUUGGCCCACACCAAAGUGAUAAGAAGAGGAAAUUCACAACCAAGUCGAAAAGCAACAACUGGGCCCCCAAGUACAAUGAGACAUUUCACUUCCUCUUGGGAAAUGAAGAGGGACCAGAGGCCUAUGAGCUACAAAUAUGUGUGAAGGAUUACUGCUUUGCCCGAGAGGAUCGUGUUCUUGGGCUGGCUGUGAUGCCUCUGAGGGAUGUGGCAGCCAAGGGCAGCUGUGCCUGCUGGUGCCCCUUGGGCCGGAAGAUCCACAUGGAUGAGACAGGCAUGACAGUCCUCCGGAUUUUGUCUCAGAGGAGCAACGACGAAGUGGCCCGAGAGUUUGUGAAGCUAAAAUCGGAGUCUCGUUCCACAGAGGAGGGGAGCUGAGCACAUUGACUCCUGUGCCAACAACAUAGCGCCAGUUCCACAAAUCAGGGCUAAUAGAAAUUAUGAGGUAGCCAGCUUAGGGUACUCAUCGUCAAGAGGUCAACAUAAAGGAAAUGUCAGGUGAUGAGAAUAUGAUUUUCCACAGAAGGGUCAUGAAUCCCUGACCAGCAGGUACAUGGUGCUAGCUGCUAGGGCUGUGGGACUUACCACAUACGGAGAUUUUCCUAUGAAGAGGGAGGGAUAGAAAUUCUUGAGCCUGUCAGCCAUUCUUGGUAGACACCCUUCCAUACCAUACACCAUCUCUGCACUUCUCUAUUCCACACCUUAUCCAGUUAGACCCAGACAUACCAAUCAUUAGAAGAACAAGUUUAGGGGGUCUGGAGUUUGUGGCUGGCUAGCUAAGUAGUUAGUCAGUCUGUGGGUAUUUCUGAGCCCUACAGAUUGGAAUAUGGCCAGGGCAGGAGCAUACAAAUUCAAAGUCAGACUCUCCCUUGAGAAGAAGUCACUGGUUUUGUAUGACUUCAGUGAGAACAAGACUUUGAAAUGAACAAGAUACCUUCCAGAAAUGAGCUGUGCAAAUCUCUUCCCCCAGAUUGUAUCUGUCAUGAUUGUGACAAGGUUCACAUGGUGCUUCAGAGCCAUGAGCAGAAUAUUCUUUAGAACCUAACUAAGCACCAGGGACCACCUGCCCCCGGAGUCCCCCUACCUCACUCCUGCAGGAAGGGGAGUGAUACUUCAGGACAUUUGAGGCUGUUCUUAUGUGUAUGCAUCUGAAGACUAGUAGAAGGUCUACAAGAGAGGGCUGUAUUUUCUUCUUCAGUAGGCUAUGAACAAAGCCAAAAAUUGUGGAGACAAAUAUAGGAAGAGUCCUUUUCACUUAUGGCCGUUGCCUUCUGGCUGUCCUCUCCCUUGCAGAAAGAAUUUAGCCUUUGACUUCACUCCCCUUCAUCUAGGCCAGCUGCUGUCCCCUCAUAGAAGUUCAACCCUACAGAAGGAGCUUGGACUAUGAUUCCUCUGUAUAGGCUGGAUGGAGAGGGGCCUCAAUACUCCCUGGAAGGUCAGAGACAAAUCUUUUCAGGGGGUCUUUUAGACUUCCUAGGCGCUUGCUCAAAGAUGUGUCAUGAUCCUUCACUAUCCUCAGUAGCCGCCUCCUGGACCUCCAGAGGACUCUUCAUUGUCCACAACUGGCUAUGUUGUAUUGGCUAUGACAUCAAACAAGAGACUAAGCAUCUUUUCUGUUAAUUAUUGUAUGUGCCAUUAUUGCAGGAAAUUUUUGACUAGUCUGUAAUAAAUUAUCUUAUAGCA